GGCAGAAAACACCAAAGCGACCAUAAGUCCGGGAACUGUCCUCUCCGGGCAGCAGCUAUGCAGCUGGCCGUGCUGUGCGCUGUGUGUCUCCUGCCUGGCGGCCUGGCCCUGCCACUGCCCUGGGAGGCGGGAGGCAUGAGUGAGCAGCAGUGGGAGCAGGCUCAGGGCUAUCUCGAGAGAUUUUAUCCAUCUGACCCCGAAACAAGGGAUGCCAAUAGUUUAGCAGCUAAGCUCAAGCAGAUGCAAAAAUUCUUCCGCCUCCCUAUCACUGGAAUGUUAAACUCCCAUAUUAUAGAGAUAAUGCUGAAGCCCAGAUGUGGAGUGCCAGAUGUUGCAGAAUAUUCACUAUUCCCACGUCACACAAAGUGGAAUUCCAGAGUGGUCACCUACAGGAUCAUGUCAUAUACUCGAGACUUACCACGUAUGACAGUGAAUCAGUUAGUGGCAAAGGCCUUCAGAACGUGGAGCAAAGAGAUCCCACUGAGCUUCAGGAGAGUUGGAUGGGGCACUGCUGACAUCAUGAUUGGCUUUGCGAGAGGAGCUCACGGGGACCCGUACCCGUUUGAUGGGCCAGGAAACAUACUGGCUCACGCCUUUGAACCAGGGCCGGACCUGGGAGGAGAUGCUCAUUUUGAUGAGGAUGAACGCUGGAGUGAUGGACACAGUCUAGGAAUUAACUUUCUGUUUGCCGCCACUCAUGAACUUGGCCAUUCUUUGGGGCUGGGUCAUUCUUCUGAUCCUAACGCCGUGAUGUAUCCAACUUACGCAGAAAGAGAUCCUGAGAGUUUCCAACUUUCACAGGAUGAUAUCAACGGAAUUCAGGAAUUAUAUGGGAAGAGAAGCAACACAGGAGAGGAUUAGAAACUUCAGGGAGAACACACAUUCAUUCACUGGAUGCUAUAUAAUUAAUUGGUCCCCAACCAGAAUUACUGAACACUGUUCCCACACUCCAUUUAGCACUUACUGCCUCCAUCCUUGUGUAUGGCUGGUUUUUGUGUAUCUCUCUCCCCUCUGGGGCUAAGCUCCUGUAUGACAUGACUGCGUCUGACUCAUCUAUGACUCUCCUCAAGCAACGU